AUGGGUGAACUUAAGCCUUACAGAGGGGGCUACUAUCUUUGGAAAUAUGUCCCCUCGCUCCCAGCAGCAAUCAUCUUCUUGGUACUUUUUGUCGCUGCCACAACUUUUCACUUUUGGAAACUCCACCGAACAAAAGCCUGGUUCUGCCUUGCAUUUUCUAUUGGGGGACUAUUCGAAGUUAUCGGUUACGUCGGACGAGCCGCUGCGAACAACAAAACAGACUCUGUGAUCAUUUUCGCUAUUCAGAAUGUCUUUCUACUCCUUGGACCUACCCUUUUCGCAGCCUCUGUAUAUAUGACUCUCGGGCGAAUCAUCCGCAGCGUCCACGCCGAGAAACACUCGCUUGUUCGGAUCAACUGGCUAACCAAGAUAUUCGUGAUGGGCGAUGUCGUAUCAUUCCUUGUGCAAGGCGGUGCAUCUGGCCUGAUGGCUACGGGAAAUAACGUGAAAAUGGCCUCAAACAUUGUGAUCGCAGGUCUCGUCAUCCAGGUCGCUAUGUUUGGUCUGUUCAUUUUCACAUCGAUUGUCUUCGAGGUUCGCAUGCGUCGAUCACCCACGACAGAGGCCUUUGAUGAGAGAAUCGACUGGAUGAGCCGAGUGCGCACACUCUAUGCUGUCAGUGCGCUUAUCCUGAUUCGGAGCAUUUUCCGUGUUGUGGAGUAUGCAGCUGGGGAUGAUGGAUAUCCACUUACUCACGAGUGGAUGCUCUAUGUGUUCGACUCUGUGUUGAUGAUAAUUUCUAUGCUCGUCUGGGCUAUCUGGUAUCCCGGAACAAUGCCGAGAAUUAUAGUGCCGGACCAGGAGACAGUCACAGAAGUAGCCGCCGACCUAAAAUUAAAGGAGGACCGAGGUGCAUAG